AACGUCCCCCUCCUGCUUGAGCAGAUCAAGGAGUUCAAGCCGAAGCUUGUCGCCUGCGACGAGUCGGUGGUCGACGAGCUGAACGCCGGCAUCGAAGCUUUGGGUUUGGGCGACUCCAAGCCUAAAGUGAUGACUGGUCAGGACGGGCAGGUUGCCGUGGCCUGCUUCGAAGAAGCGAAGACCAUCGUCACUGGCAUCGUCGGCUGCGCUGGCCUGAUACCCACCAUAGAGGCCAUCAAAGCUGGCAAGGACAUCGCCUUGGCGAACAAGGAGACCCUGAUCGCUGGCGGCCCCGUGAUCGCGCCGAUGUUCGAGCAGUAUGGCGUGAACAUGCUCCCCGUCGACUCGGAGCACUCGGCGAUCUUCCAGUGCAUGCAGGGCGUGCCGAAGAACGGCGUCAAGAAGAUUGUCCUGACGGGCAGCGGCGGCACGUUCCGGGACAUGUCCGUCGAAGAGAUGAAGGCGACCGACCCAGAGGUGCUGAGACAGAGGUCGACGACGCACCCGAAUUGGGACAUGGGCGCCAAGAUCACUGUCGACUCUUCGACAAUGAUGAACAAGGGCCUGGAGGUAAUCGAGGCCCAUUGGCUGUACGGUGUCGACUACGACAACAUCGAGGUGGUGAUCCACCCGCAGUCGAUCGUUCACAGUGGCAUCGAGCUGCACGACACUGCCAUUCUCAUGCAGGCUGGAUGGCCAGACAUGCGCUUGCCCAUCCUCUACGCACUGUCUUACCCCGUCCGGGUGCCCGCCGACCUACCCAACCCGCGGGACGGCCGCAACUUCGACGAUUGGUGGAAGGGCGAGGGAAAGGAUGGCAAGAUCAAUUUCUUCAAGCCCCGGACCUUGAGAAGUACCCGUGCAUAG